AGUUAAUAAUGCAGGUAUAGGUCUGGUGGGACCGGUGGAAAGCAUCAGUAUAGCUGAGAUGAAGAGUGUGUUUGAGACCAACUUCUUCGGUGUGAUCCGGAUGAUCAAGGAGGUGAUGCCAGAUAUGAAGAAGAGGAAGGGAGGACACAUCAUAGUGGUCAGCAGUGUCAUGGGACUACAGGGUGUCGUGUUUAAUGACGUGUAUGCUGCCUCCAAGUUUGCCAUGGAAGGGUUUUGUGAGUGUCUGGCUGUACAACUGCUCAAGUUUAACGUCACUAUGUCUAUGAUAGAGCCAGGCCCGGUCCAUACAGAGUUUGAAUCGAAGAUGAUUCAGGACGUCCGUCAGAAAGAGUUCCCUGGGGCCGAUGCCGAUACCGUCAACUACUUUAAAAACGUCUACCUGCCCUCCUCCGUCGACAUCUUUGAGACGCUAGGACAGACCCCCGAUGACAUCGCCAGGUGUACUAAGAAGGUGAUUGAGCAGGGCAGUUCUGCACGGUUCCGGAACCUUACCAACCCGCUGUACACGCCCAUCGUGGCACUGAAGUAUGCAGACGAGACGGGCGGCCUGUCGGUGCACGCCUUCUACCAUAUGUUGUUCAACCUGGGGCCCCUGAUGCACGUUAGCAUGAAGGCUAUGCAGUACCUGACCUGUGGAUGUCUACGCUCCAGGACCAUCUCCCCAAACUAGACACACACACACACACGGCAUGCAGAGACACACACACACACGGGCAUGCAGAAACACACACACACAGAGAGACACACGAGCAUGCAGAGACAACACACAC